AUGGGUAUCUCCCGCGACUCCCGUCACAAGCGCUCCGCGUCCGGUGCGAAGCGCGCAUACUACCGCAAGAAGAGGGCUUUCGAGAAGGGUCGCCAGCCCGCCAAUACCCGUAUUGGCACUAAGCGUAUCCAUCUUGUCCGCACCCGCGGCGGAAACCGCAAGUUCCGUGCUCUGCGCCUCGACUCCGGCAACUUCUCGUGGGGUUCAGAGGGUGUAGCCAAGAAGACCCGUGUCAUCGGUGUCGUCUACCACCCCUCCAACAACGAGCUCGUCCGUACCAACACCCUUACCAAGUCCGCCGUCGUCCAGAUUGAUGCCGCUCCAUUCCGGCAGUGGUUCGAGGCCCACUACGGCCAGUCGCUCGGCCGAAGGCGCCAGACCAAGGCCGGCGAGAAGGAGGAGGAGAAGAAGUCCAACAGCGUCCAGAAGAAGCAGGCCGACCGCUUCAAGGCCUCCGGCAAGGUCGAGAAUGCUCUCGAGAAGCAGUUCGAGGCUGGUCGUGUCUUCGCCGUUGUGUCGUCGCGCCCCGGUCAGUCCGGCCGCUGCGACGGCUACAUCCUCGAGGGUGAGGAGCUUGCUUUCUACCAGCGUCUCCUCAGGAAGUAG